CCCCCAAAGGGAUGGAGUGCCGCCUGCCUGCCACCCACCAACACCCUGACACCCUGACUGCCUGCGCCUGCCUGCCUGCUGCAACCAGUGGAAUGUUGAGCCCAACUUUUGACAGCUGAGGUGAGGCUGCGUUUGUUUCCGGCGCACUUGAAACCAACCGUUACUCGCCCAAUCCACGUCCCAUGGCUCCCUUCACCUUUGGACUUUUCGCCCGCCCUUGAUUGUAUUUUUCCAUCACCGGCCAUUCGAUACGAGGGCCUCGACAAUUUUCCCUUUUGCUGCAGCCCUAGGUCGAGGCCGCCACCGAUCGGUUUGAAAACAAUCCCCAACUUCACUCCUCCCUCCCUUCUUGAUGCCCGCGACGUCAUCCCUCAAGACCCUGCAGCAGCGCCAUCACCCAAUAUGGCCUUCUUGGAGGACCCGCGGCUGCGCCAGCGAUGGAACCAAAUCUCACACAACGCCGGCGAGGUGACGGAGAACGCGGCCGCCGGCAUCUGGAGCUUCCAGCACCACUACAUCAAUCCGUGUCUCGCCUCCCUCGCCGCCUCGCUCGAGCAAUGCGCCAACCCGUGUCUCGGCGACCGCGAGGAGCGGGCGAGAAGGCGACGAGAACGAGAUCGCGCGGGCGGACGGGCGGAAUACAGCUUCGACUUUUACGACGAUUGGUACGCCGAGGACGAGGGCGGAGGGUUCCUGGGUGGCUGGGGCAACGACGACUGGGACCGCCUGCUCGCGGGCACAGGGUCGCAACAUCAAAAGAACAACACGGGGAGCGGAGGCGGCGAGGUGCAGCAGGACCAGCCCAAGAGGAAACGCGGCAUGAGUUACGGCACGCGGGGCAGAGGGAGCAAGGCGCUCGAGUCGGAUCCGACCGUCAUCCCCAGCACGCAACCGAUUGGGUUCCUGGGUAAGCUGCCGUGGAAGCUGGGCAAGACGCUCCGCUACAAGCCGAGCGCGGCGGACUUGCAGGAUCACCCGCGACAGCACGGCGAGAUGGGCAUGGGCGAGACGGAGCCUCUGCUUACACACGACUCGGACGACGGCGAUGACGAUGAUGUCUUUCAGAGCCGGACCGCCAAGACUAGAAAUCGCAGCGGGACGACGGGGUCCGGGGUCUCGUCGGAUUCAUACCGGUCUCGGGGCGACUUGUUUCCCAGCGACGGCGAAGGCGAAGAAGACGCCGUGCCGUUUGAUGACGAGUUUAUGGUCCUGGACAAGGUCCGGGACGAUCGCAGCAGCAGCAGGACAAAGGCGAGCAAGAGUAAACGGCGGGCCGACGGACGGCCCAUGUCUCGAACGGUGUCGAGAGCGACGAUUGAUUCUAGCCAUUCCAUGCUCAGUCCCAGCGUACGGAGGAGCUCAACGAGCGGGCCCACGACGCCGGAUACACCAGUUGCACCAUCAAUGGAGGAGGCCUCGAUGGAGGAACUACAGAUGGAAGAGGAGCGCAUCAGGAGGGAGGAAGACGACGAGGUCGAACGCAAGCGACAGGCGGCGCUGCAGCUCGCGUCGGAACGGGGCCUGCACGAUGCCGGCUCCGAGGGGCCAACAACGUCCGAGGCGGACUCAGACGCCAAAGCCGACGAGGUGGAUUACGUGUCAGACUCGCCGAGUCAAAGAUCGCCGCCGAGGUCUACGCACGGCGACGACGCGCCGGUCAUUCGGUCCACCACGCAAGAGCAGUACAUACGGACCGAGGAGUUCGUCCCGGCGCGUCUACCGAGCUUUCGAUAGACGGAGUGCGUGGUGGACGUGUACCUUGUGAAGUGUGUUGUAUAAUAGUUGGACGACGCCAAAGAUAAUCAUGUCAUAACGAUACCAAUGCAGGGAGAUGAGGGCAGCAUUUCAAAUAGAGCGGCGCAUGGCGCGGCGCAUGUCAGUUGAUGACUUUUUUUCCUGGG